AUGAAGGUGAAAAAUAAACGUCCAUAUAAUAGAUCAGAAACGUCUACACGUAGUGGAAACAAUAGUGCAAGUGUUAGUACCAGUAAUUCGACAUCGUCUCUACCUGAGAAAAUUACUGAACAACUUGACAAUCCGAAUAACAACUACACAAUAACUAACACCUCGACUGUAAGUGGUUGUUGUGGUAUUAACAGUAUCAACAGUCGUAAAAAGUUAUCUGAUCAAUCACCAAAAGGCAUUAAAACACGUCACAAAUCAAAUAAACACACAAAUUCAUCUUCCAUGAAUAGUGCUACUACAACUAAUAACGAUAAUGUUGGAGUUGGUACCUCUUUGAAGAUUACACAUCGUGGUGGGCGUACUCAUUUAUCCUCCAUAAAUACCACUGCUAACAUAUCUAGUAUUAUUGGCAAUAAUAGUAAUAGUACCGUUUCUAAUACAAUACGACUAACUAACUCUAAAUCAGGUUGUUGCUCAUCCAAUAAUUGUUCUUCAUCGUCAACAUCCUCAAUUCUCUCUGGUGGAAAUAGUGAAACCGUAGAUCCAUAUGAAUUUGCUGUAAAAACUGAUGAAACAACCAGUCAGGGUGGAUUGAAUGAAAGCUUAUUACCGAUUAAAAGAUUGAAAUUAGAAAGAAAUGAUGACCGUUGUUUAAUUCCAGAUUCUGCGCGCAGCAGUCCGACGUUACAUGCAGCAAGUAACCGUAUUGAGAUGUCGUCCAGUCAUCCAAGUCCUGGUGCUAAUUCUUCACCACUUGUCCAGUUAUGUACACGUCCAUUAUCUGUAUGCACUGACUUUUCUUGUUCUAAUAAUACCAUUAAUAAUAAUAAUAACAGUAGCAAUGAAAGCAGUAUAUCCUGUAGUAAGACGGAUAUUAUAGAGAAUUUCGGUAUCAAUAAUAAUAAACGUAAUAAUAGUAAUAACAGUAACACUAAUCGUACACCUGUGACAGUGACAACAAUUCCAUCCUCAUCACCUCACUCUCUCUAUCCAAGCACGGAGAUGAGUUCACACUCAAUAAUAACAGAAAGCACUGAGUUUUUAGUACACACAGAAGAAAAAUCCCUUGAUGGAAGAGCAGAAACACCACCGACGGUUCCAGCAUGUGAUCCAUCAUCAAAUGUAACUCCAAUCGCUUCCACUGCAACCAUUUCAACAACUACUGUCGAGGAAAUUGCUAAAGAUAAUAUUUCUAGUGUUUAUAAUGUUAAUGUUACUGACAUUGGUGCGCAGAGUAGUAUUCACAAACGUUCCUUAUCGUUUGGUUCUGCGCUAAAUAGUUUUGAAGGACCUUAUUUAUCUGAAUCAAAACAAUCCUGGAUUAAUUCAGCAUCACCACUGUUGUCAACAGCAACAACAACUUUAGUUCAGACAACGGUUUCAUCAUUGUCAUUAUUAUCACGCAGAAUGUCAAGUUGUUUAUUAUCAUCAUCGUCAGUUUCUGAAACAAUAGGAGUAACCCCGUCAUCAGUAGAAGUGACAUCAACGACAGUAUCCCCACCACAACCAUCUGCGAUAACGUCGACUAAUUCGUCAUUAACAUCAGUUUCAUCAUCAUUUGGCACUUGUCCCGCGAUAAAACCUGAACGACGAUGUGCUGGUGUAAAUACUGUUCUUGAUAAUUGUAAGGCUACAUUGACAGAACCAGAUUUAUUGGGACCAUGUGAACCAGGAACUACUAUCUGCCUAAAUGGUAUUGUAUGGUUAGAAACAACCACUGGAGUAUUAGUUGUCAAUGUUACUUGGAGAGGUAGAACAUAUAUUGGUACACUGCUCGAUGCGACACAACAUGAUUUCGCGCCUCCAUGUCCACGAGAUUAUAUACCACCUUUCAAGACGUCAAUUCGAUCCAGUAGUCGUACGAAACGUCGAGCAGCUGUUGGAUCAAAUUACAAGUCAAAUUUAGGAAAUUACAUGGUCAACUGCAGUUGGAAGUCUGGGUCAUCGGUAAGACAUCAUCGACUACACGGCCGAACUCAUAAUUCUCCUGCAGUUAUGCCUGAGACAAAUCCAACUUCGCGAUCGAGUACAAAUCAGCAAUCGACACAUGUAGACAAAACUGACAGUAUUAAAGUGAUAAGGGGAGAUACUGUGUCUGAUGGUGAUAGAGUUCUUAUCCAAUGUCUACCUCAAGGAUCUGAUGAAGAAUUAUUGCGUGAUUUUAAUCAAAAUACAAACAUUCAUAAAAGUCGCAAAAUUUUCUCAGGAAGUAGUACAUCUUCAAGUGAUUGUCCUUCAGAAGUACUUCCAGAUCUUGAGAAGUCUUCUGAAAGAGGGGAUGCAACAUGUAAGUCAAACAAUACCUCUGAUAGGAUACCUGGAAAUUCACAAAAACGUGAUCAUUCUCGACCACAUACACCUUUAUGCUCUAAUGAUAGUAAUAGUCUUUGUCCUGAGGACGAUUCGAUAAAUGAUGAACUAAAUCACACCUUUCCUAUAGGCUGUCCAAUAGAUGGUUGUAAAAAACGCUUCUCUCAUGUGCUUGCCCUGCGUUUUCACUUAAAUCAUACACCUCAUGAUAAUCUACUCAGUGUGAGUAAGAAGCGUGUAUCCAGUGAUAAUUCAAAACAAGAUUAUGAUGAUGAUGUGCAUAAGAAUUGUGGUUCACACUGUUAUAUGAAAUCUCCUCCGAAUAUUUCACCUCAAUGUCCCUCUAGUCCAUGUUCACUAGUUUCAUAUUCAAUGCAUUCAUCGCACAAACAGUCAUUACAGCCACUUUUACGUCAGCCACCAUUACAGUCAUCUUCACAGACACAUCCACAAUCGUGUCAACAAAAUCACUAUGAACAUGACAACAAUCUUCAUCAUCUCCGUCAUCAUCAACAACAAAAUCCUGAGCAUGAGCCGGCAACACGUUCUUUACAUCUACCGAAUAUAUCUAAUCAUAAUUAUAAAGUGUCUGAUGAUGUUAAUGGACAGAAAUUUAUGGAUACAAAUGUACCUGAUAACUUGAUAACAGGUAUCAGUAACAAUCUAAGCUGUUCUACCAGUGGUCGAAAUAAUGACAUUAAUAAACACCCUUCUGGUAAAAAGCGUUUGUCUACUCCAGUGGUAUGUAGCAAUAAAUUAAAUGAAAUCACUUCUACAGGGAAUAUUGUUCGUACAGUUACAGCACAUACAGUCUCUGUACCGCAUGGUUCUUUAGAUUGUGGGACUAAUUCAAAUUUACGAUCUAACAGUAGCAGUAAUAAUAAUCAGCCUUCCUUAUCUUCUAAAAGAACCUCAUCAAAUCCUCGUGAUCCUAGUAGGCAUAAAUCAUCUCAGCCAUUGUCCAAUCAGAAUAUUAAAACAAAUAAUCCAGUGGUAAUGAUGAUGUCGAAUUACCCCCGUAGUUCAGGUCUUCCUGGUAGUCGUAUGAAGGAGUUCAACAAUACCAAAGAGAUCAAUGACCAUACGAAUUCACCAAUGUUUCAUGUAGCACCAAAUACAGCUACUUCUUUGUCUUCAAGGUUGAAAAGUUCAGCUGGUUUCCCAGAAGUAAACUGUGCAACAUCUAGUGAAAUAAAUCAACCUUACCGUGGUUUUGUUGGUGACGGAGGAGGCUUGGUGCCGAACUUUCAGAACCAAUGGAAUUUCCAAGUAUUACCUAUUAAAGACAAAGACCAACAAUACUCCGUCAAUUCAUUAUCAGAUGCCGGUUCUUCUCAGGUUCCUGUAAAUCCUAGUGGUGUAACUAAUUUCACGUCAACAAAUGAAGCAAUGAAUCAUCGUGCAUUUCUGCCACCUCAACUGUUCGAUUCCAAACAUCUCAUUCCGCCAAGUCACUUACCUGGAACAAGUUUAAAUUAUUCUAAAAGUCAAAUUACAGAUCCUACUAGUAUGUAUUAUGGUAUACCAGACUUUUUGGCCACUGCACUAAGUACACGAACAUCAAAUGCGUCGUCAUCACCAUAUCCUUGUAUACCUGAAGCUUUUAGAUCAUACAUGAACACACCACUGACUGGUUUUUCACUUACUACAGGGAAUAAUAAUUCGAUGAAUAAUAUUCCAAAACCACACGAUCCAUCAGCUUCAUCAGUUUCUUCAAGUUCUACAUGUGAAUCAUUACUUGAUAGAAUAAACAGUCAGCGAUUUCUCAAUCCACAGCUAUUUGAAAAUGUAGGAUCUAAUCUCUCUGUGCAAAAUUUUCCAUCAUCUAAUUUAUCUUUAAAUCCUGAAAGAUUAGAUCCAUUGAAACUUUCUGCAGCUUAUUUGAUGCAAUAUACAAAUCCAGGAUCACAGUUAUUUUCGUCAUCACCAUCAACAUCUGGCAGUCAGUUACCUUGA